GCCGCAAUCGUUCCCGCGACCAGACGUGUUUGCCUCAGACUUCUACUGCUGUACUGCUUUGAAGAGCGCGAAUCGAGUGUUGGUGAGAUAAAUUUGGUGUGGUUAUCUGGACAAGGUGCCGCCUCGUUAUCAGCCGAUGAUGUUUGCCUGAAUUCGCGAUAAGUGGUUUGUCAAAGUAAAGUUCUGUGCGGUUCUCGAUACUGUCGAUUCGUGUGAUGAGUGAGGUGUGGUUUACGAAAGCCCACUGCAAAUAGUUUGAAAACUUUGUAUUAGCCUAAUAAGUGCAAGAAGUGUUUGGAAGUACAGAACACCCCAACACAAUGACUUCCUUACUUCCUUAAGUUACCGAAGACCGUUCGUCACCGAGAGCAACCAGAUGAAGUAAUAAGCGAGUGCUAAAAAGUGAAAUCCAAAAACAAACAACGCACAACGGCAACCGUCGUCAGUCGUCAUACGUUGAAUCCAAACAAAAAACAGCAGCAAAACGUGAUGAUGAAGCCAUCGACAGUGUCUGUGAUAUUAGCGUUCCUAUCGCUCCAGUUCGUGAUUACCGCGGACGGAUUCAAUCUGUCCCCGCAGCCCAACUAUGUGUUCAAAGAACCCCCGCUGCAGCAUUACACCGGAAAAGUGCGUUCGUCGCUGUUCGGAUUCGCACUCACUUUGAGGCCUGGCGGCGUCAUCGUCGGAGCGCCAAGGGCACAAUCGGACCUCGCGACGCAACGCAAGAUCAACGAAACCGGGGCACUUUACAAAUGCCUGUACGACAGCGGCGAAUGCACUCCGUUCUACGUGGAUCGGAAUGGAAACACCAACAACGAAAACGAACCGUUCGCCUACAGUUCCGAGAAGAAGGACUACCAAAUGCUCGGUGCCAGCAUGGAUGGUCACGGUUCCGACGGCGAUCGGUUCGUGGUUUGUGCGCCGAAAAUCGUUACCGAACUGCAGGAUUACUACCUGCUGCAUGGAAUCUGCUAUGUCACCGACGGCACGGAAACCAAUCAACCCAAGUCGGUCCGACCGAUCUAUCCGCUGCGAUUGAAAGAUAAACAGUUAUUCAAGUACGACGGACUCACCCAUUACAACUACAUGUACGGCGAGCAGGGCCUGAGUGUGCACGUCACCGACGACAACGAGGAGAUUCUGAUCGGAGCUCCAGGUGUGUUUAAUUGGCGCGGUACAGUCAUUCGCUACCGGCGCUACGUCGCCGAGAAUAUCACCAUCAGCCGCCGGUCGGAUGACCUUCGACGGGGGGACCGGGAGCGACCGAAACGUCAAAUCAUCAACUACGUCACCGAUGUGCCCAAUCCGUACUUCACCAGAUUGGAGGACGAUUCGUACUUCGGUUAUGCGGUCAGUUCUGGCUUCUUCCAAGACAACACAAAACUGUUAUAUGUCGCAAGUGCACCGCAGAUGACACUUCAAACCGGGGAAGUCUACAUUUUCGAUAUCAUCAAUGCCGACGCGUUCCGCGAAACCCAAAUCAAAAUCCUAUACACAUUCCCCGGCCGUCAACAGGGUGAAUACUUUGGCUAUGCACUGCUGACGGAGGAUUUUAACGGAGAUGGAUUGCCGGAUUUGGCCAUCUCGGCGCCGAUGUACAGCGAGAAUUCGGAAUUCGAUAAUGGCGCGGUAUACAUUUUUUUGAACGAAGGAAAGCUAAAUUUCAACCUCCAGACGGUGCUUUCGACCGACUAUGAGCUGAGUGGACGUUUCGGUACUAGUUUGGGGAAAAUUGGAGACGUCAAUUUGGAUGGUUUCAAUGACAUUGCCAUCGGGGCCCCGUUCGAGGAAAACGGUGCUGUUUACAUCUACCUCGGAUCGCCAGACGGGCUGCGCACCAAACCAUCGCAGAGACUGGUUCCCCCGGAAAACGACCUGAUGGAUCCGACCACGCAACCGAUGUUCGGUCAUGCCAUUUCCCGAGGCACCGAUAUCGAUGCCAAUGGUUAUCACGAUUUGGCCAUCGGAUCACCAAACGCCGAGUCGGUUUACGUUUAUCGGACCUAUCCGGUUGUUCGAGUUAUCAGCAGUGUCAGCUCCUCGAAGCGGGAACUUUCACCGGAAGAUACGGCUUUUCAGUUGACCAUUUGCUGGAGCUACGAAUCGGCCACCAACAUUCAGCAUGAUGUCGCGUUCCGUUACUCGUUGAAGGUGGAUGCUCAGAAUGGACGAGCUCAACUGAGCGAUGGAAAUAAUUUCCUAAACGAAACGGGAAAAAUCAAUUUUGAAGAUUUCUGCAAAGAGUUUGACGUCCGGGUGAAACCGUCCUUCGCCGACAUCUACAAACCGAUUUAUGUGGAUUUUAGCUACAAUUUGGUCACUGGCAUACCGACGAACAGUGAAUUUUGCGACAGAUGUGUGAUGUUGGAUCCAGCUGCAGGGAACAGCAUCCAGGAGAAAAUUUCGUACAAAACUGGCUGUGCGGGCGAGACUUGCAUAGCAGAAUUGAAGCUUGGUGCCAUCUGGCAGGAUUUAACCUCACCAUACAUCAUCGGAAGCACCCGAACAGCCUCACUGCAGUAUGAAGUCUUAAAUUCUGGUGAAAAUGCUUUCCUACCUCAACUGAACGUGACUCUUCCUUCGCUGCUGUCGUUAGCCAAACUGCCUUCCCAGUGUAAGCUUACAAAUCUCAAUGAUGGACUGAAUGUGCUUUGCGACCUCAACAAUGGUCUACCGUUGAAAACGGGAUCCAUGGCAAAGAUGAUCCUGGUUUUGGAUAUGACAAAACUGGAAGGAAAUAGUUUCUCAAUCAGUGCGGAAGUUUUCAGUACCAGUGAGGAAACAAACACAGAAAAUAAUUCUCUAGAAGUUGCGGUAGACCUGCAAGAGUUUAGCGAAAUCGAAGUGAUUGGUAAAGCUUCCGUGACGGAGAUUAGUUUGGAAAAACAAAGUGGCAAAACAAAUGUCACCUAUCAAGUUCAAGUUAUAAACAAUGGACCGAGCAGUUUGCGAGAUUUGACGUUUACCCUGAAGGUUCCUCUAGUCUAUCACAAACCAAGUUCCGCAGAUGUUCUGAAGAUCAUCAACUUCAAUGACAUUCAAAUCAGUGGCUAUUACAACUAUAAAAAUUUGGACUUCACCUGGACCCAAAACGAUGUCGUACUGCUUCCGAACGUGAAAGAAUUUUCGACGCCUCCACCGGAAGUUGACAAUUAUUACAAAGCCGGACUAGACUUCGGGUUUCUGUCCGGUCAAUCGAACCCCGAAUCAACCGGCGAUGGCCAAGUGUCAUCAACUCAUCGUCGAAGACGACGAUCGACAAGCAAUGAAUUCGACAAUCUACCAUUUAAUCACUACACGAACCAACGGCCCCAGUACUCUUCUUCGCGGGUCCGUCGAAGCCUAUCGACUGUUAAUUCAGCCAUUCUAGCAGGACUGCCGAUCAAUCGGACCCUCACGUUUUUCUGUGACCCGGAAAUGAUGAUCGAGUGUGCCGAGGUGAGCGUACAAAUUGCCAACUUCAAACCGGGCAACAUUCCAAUCGUCAUCAAUCUGCUGUUCGAGUUGGAUCUGGAUCUGGUUGGGCAGAGUUUCCAGGAGCGGGAGGAUAUUUUUGCGCUGCAGAUACUGUCCGAACUGCAGACGGCGGGCGCCGAGGAGGAGGAAACCAGAUUUCGGGUGGCGAAAAAUAAUCCUUUCACGGUUGUGUACCGGUACGCGAUUACUAGCACACCGAUUUGGGUUUACAUCGUUUCGGCCAUCGGUGGGUUGCUGCUGCUGGUGCUGAUUUCCUAUAGCCUUUAUAAGGCUGGAUUCUUCAAACGGGCCACAAAGGAAGAGAUUGAAAAGUUGCAUCGUGAGAGUGUCAGAAUGAACCAGCCAGACAACGAUGAUGACCAUUGAAUCCGCAUUGGAAAAUGGCACUCACCACAAACAUUACCAAAAAAUAGUUCACCCCCAAGGAGCAGUGACUGUAGUUAUAAGUGUAGCAAUAUUGAUAGUAGUUUUUGAGACUCGAUAUUUUAUACACCAAGCCAUAUUGUUGCUUACAUUGCAUUUCUACUAGAUUUUAGUUAGGUUAGACCAAAUUGUAGUUUAAGCUUACCUGUUUAUAUUUAUUUUACAUCGUGAAACGAAAUAAACACCGGAUUCCAAAA